CGAUCAUGAGCUCCGAUUUCACUCGGUUAGGAAUUACGAACAAGAACGAAAGGACACGGAAUAAAUAUUACAAAACGGACGUAGCUCGUACGUUACAGCAUACCCGAUGGUUACUCGAGAUCCUCGGCGUAUGGCCGCUGGUCAAAAAAAAUCCAACAACGUGGGAAAUUGGUCGUUCCAAGUGUUUAAUAUCAUUGUGCUCGAUCCUAAUGGCAUUUAUAAUGAUACCGUGCACUUUACACAUGAUUUUAAUGGAGAAAAAUCCAUUGGUGAAACUCAUGCUUUUCGGCCCUAUUGGUUUUUGCUUGACCAACAUACUCAAGUAUUGUUCUAUUAUAUAUCGUCGGGAUAUUAUUGAAAAUUGUAUAAAUCACGUUGAAUUCGACUUGAUGCGAAUCGACAAUCAACACGAUAGAGAAAUAAUGGAGCGCAAUGUUAACGUUGGACGGAAUCUGACCGUUCUUUGCGCUGUUUUCAUGUAUACCGGUGGCUUAUCGUAUCACACAAUAAUGCCAUUAUGGCGUGGCAAUGAAAUAAAUGAAUUCAACAAAACCAUCCGACCCCUCGUUUACCCCGGCUACGAUAUUUUCUUCGAUUCUCAGACGAGCCCCAAUUACGAAUUCAUUUUUUACACCAAUUGCAUUUCCGCAUGUGUCACGUAUACCAUCACCACGGCGGCAUGUAACUUAGCAGCCGUUUUCGUAGCUCAUACUUGCGGUCAAAUUGAAAUAAUGAUGUCGCGUCUCCGUACACUUUUCGACGGUACCGAUGAUAUAAGGAAUACCGAUAUUCUACACCAUCGUCUCGGCUUCGUCAUUCACUCUCAUACCAGAGUGCUUAGAUUUACGUCAAUUAUUGAAACGUUGCUACGUGAAAUAUGUCUCGUCGAAGUUGUCGCAUCGACCCUGAUCAUUUGCUUACUGGAGUACUACUGUUUGACGGAAUGGGAAAAUAGUGAAACUAUUGCAAUAAUAACUUAUCUCGUAUUACUCCUGUCAUUGAGCUUCAACAUAUAUAUAUUUUGUCACAUUGGCGAACUGCUAAAAGAACAGUGUCAAAAAAUUGGCAAAGCAGCAUAUAUGAUGAAUUGGUACAGGUUACCAAGCAAAUCCGGCCGAGCCCUGGUAAUGGUAUUAGCCAUUUCGAACUAUCCCCGCAAACUGACAGCCGGUCGGAUGAUGGAAUUGUCGGUGAGAAGUUUUGGGACUAUAAUCAAAACUUCCGUGAUUUAUCUUAAUAUGCUACGAGCAAUGGCCGAUUAAUAAGUCGCUUCAUUCAAAGCAGAGGUUUGUCGCAUCGCAACGAUAUACACUCUUCUAAGGCGUCUGCAUGGCCAAAUAUACUAAUCUUUCCAAAUGAAUAAUAUCAUAAUAUUCGUAACGUUCUGUACAACGCAGAAAAAAAGAAUAUAGAACUUACCCGUUCUAUCAGUGAAAUAUAGGGGAACGUGGGGCAAAAUGGACACCAUAAGUAAUUAAGCUAGAUGUGUCGAUUCACACAUGUGCUGUCAACUACUGCUGUGUUAAAAAAAAAUUUUUUCACACUUAUUUUCCAUUCCUGGUAAAAAAAAAAUAUA